UUUAUUAUGCCUUGAAGUUUCAUGCAACACAAGGUAUCCUGAUUCCUGCCUAUGCACACCAAGUGCUCAGUUCUGUGCUCUCUCACUCACAAUGACUGACUUUCUCCCUAUAAAUCCACUUUCCAUUUCAGCCGCAGACUCUCCAUGCUUCCCCUUUCUCAAUCCUUCAACCAGAACCCAACUCAACCCAAUUUCCCUUUCCCCCUUCUCUCCCAAACUCUCCAAAACCACCUAUGCUAACAAGAGCAUUUUCGCAGCGUUGAGCUCCAGGUCCAACGGAAAACCAGGCCCACCAUCAAAAGGUCGUAGCUUUUACCAAGAACUUCAAUUUGACGACACAGAGGAGAACGAUAUUGGGUUGGAGUUGGAAAGAAACCCCCUUGAUGAGAAUUCGUCCAAAGAAACUGACGGGUAUAUCCCACUUGAUGAUAAGGGAAGUGGAAAGAGUGAUAAGGAAUUGCUGGAAAACGAUUUGAUUCGGGUUGAAGGAGAUGAUGGGGUUGAUUUGAGAAAAGAUGAAAAAGUUGAGAAAUUUGGUGGUAAUCUUAGAUUAAGGAAAGGUAAACAAGUGAUUAGACGGUCCAAUUUGUUGGCCAAGCAAGUGAUCAGCAUUCAAUCUGCUCUUAGUUUGGGAUUUGUCUCCCAGCUUUGGGUGGACACUACCUCUUGGAUUGUGUUGUUUGUUGAGGUUAGGUCAAACUUGCUUUCCGGGGAUUCAGAAAAAUUCCUUCUUGAGGAUAUUAGUCAGGUUGGGGAUGUUGUUCUUGUCCCGGAUGAAAGUGUGAUAGACGAUGGAUAUACAAUGAAUGGAUUGGAGACUCUGGUUGGGUACAGAGUUGUAACACCCUCUCUACGAAAUAUCGGAAAGGUACGAGGCUACAAUUUCAGCAUCAACUCUGGCGCUGUUGAAGAACUUGAGAUAGACUCAUUUGGACUAUCCAUCAUUCCAUCGAGUUUGGUGAGUACCUACUCUUUGAUGGUUGAGGAUAUACUGGAAGUGGUAUCCGAUGCAGUUGUUGUACAUGAAGCCGCAGCUUUACGAAUACAAAGGCUUUCAAAGGGUUUUUUGGGCAACCAGAAUGUGGGAAUCUCAGUGGAUGAUAUCGAUGAUUAUGAAUCUGAGCAACGUGCGACAUAUGGUAGAGUUUCAAGAAGAAAGAAAAGUUUUGGAAGAAAGAAAGCCAAUCCAAGAGAUUGGGAUAAUAAUGAAGAUAACUGGGAGCUUCCUAUGGACUAUCUCUAAUCUCACCUGCAUUUAUAUAUACCCAAGCUAUGGUAAUGUAGUUCUCAUUUUCUUUUGAGAAAUAUAUUCCCUACUUGAAAGCCAAAAAGAAAGAAAAAAGUUCCAUACUCAUAAAUUUCAUAUAGAGAUCACAUUUUAUUGGAAAGAAUGGAGUUUCAAUAAGCCUAUUAGAAAUGCUAGUAGUUUCGUAUAAAAAAAGAAAAUGAAAUGCUAGUAGUCUUUUUUCUUAA